AUGGCGACCAAAUUACACAACCCCCAGCUCGAGCACGCGAUGCUCCUCGUCCAGACAUAUGUGCCCGACACGGUGAAAGACAAUUGGCGUGUUCUCGGUACGACUGCAAUUAUGAUAGGGCUCGCCUUGUGUCCUGCAAUCGCCUGGGCCACAGAAUCCUACCAGUCAUAUUUAGAUGUCGGGCCUGGGGGGUUGCCUUACAACGUUUUUGGCUGGAUGAUCCAAGGCGCAACACAACUCAUCGCAAGGCACGAUACCCGCGACCACAAACCGUUUUCCGAGCCCAAAUUUCGCGCGUCGCUGGGCCAGCAUGGCACCAAGAGCUUCCUUCCAGGACAGCUCCCGGAGCGGAAGGGAGAGCGGCCUGUUGUUCCUGGAUUUGUGGCGCCGCAACGGCAGAUGAGCGACCGAGGACCCCGAAAUGCGGAGAUGAAAGACCGCCUUGUCGCCUAUCAAGAAGAUAUUGCCAAAGCCAAUCCUUCAUUAGUCUUCGUUGAUGUCUCUCGGUUGGAGGGCGAGGGAUCGCCGAGUGACCACGCCGCGCUGUGGUUUGCAGUGAACCGCGAGCGAGUCUUCCCGCCUUAUCUGAGAAAGACUAAGGGGGAAUUCGCGCACGUGCAUCCCGAAGCGACGUUGCAUGUUACGCUCAGUUUGCUCGACGCCGAGGAGGUUGUCAAGAAGGGUUGGGGUGAGAGGCAUCCACUGAGUGGAGUCAGAGGGUUUUGGCCGAUCACGUAUGUCAUGAUUUAUGCACCACGGGACGAUGCCGAAUUGGAAGUCUGCAAAAAGGUUGUCGAUGCUAGUGUACGAUUUGUUUGUGCCGGAGGUCCGCAGGUGCGGAAGGUUUGA